CCACAGAGCAUGUCCGAAUAUUGGGUCUCGAAGAAAAAGUACCUGUGCAAGUACUGCAACAUAUAUAUCGCGGACGACCAACCUUCCAAACAGCUGCACGAGAAUGGUCUAAAGCACAAAGGGAACCUGGAGAGGUACAUUCGAGGGAUUUACAAGGCGGGGGAGAAGAAAAAGAAGGAGGAUGAAGAGGAGCGACGGGAGAUGGUCAGAGUAGAACAGGCCGCGCAAAUAGCGUAUUCACAAGACCUUGGCGCCGGACGCGCAAAAUCUGGUGGCUCGACAUCGCAACCUCCCCCGAUUGCCUCUUCUUCCAAGAAACCUCCCCCAAAGCCGUCUAAUCCGUUCGCCAAUUACUCGACAGCCAAAUCAUUGGGUUAUGUCGACCCUGACGCCGACGCUGCCAUUGCGGCAGCACAAGGACAACGUUUGCACGGUAUUGUAGGCGAAUGGCAGGUAGUUGAACCACAAGCCGAGGCAGCACCAACAUCUUCGACCGAAGUUGGAGUCAAACGGUCUGCGGAGGAAUUGGGUGAGGAGGAAAGCCGAGAAUUCAAGCUGAGGAAAAAGACGAUGGCUACUGGUCUGGGUCAAAUAUAUGACCCCGGCGCUCUGUCGAUAAAACUCAAGAAACGAGAAGACCCAGGGGCUGAACCUAUCGCUGCCGAACCGGACGCGCCAGAGCGACCAAAAUGGACAAAGACCACAUGGACAAAGGCGGGAGAUGAGAAGGAAUCGGACUUGGUCAAAUCAGAGGAAGUCGUAAGGGAAGUCGAGGAAGAAGAAAAGCCUCCAUCAACACCAGACAUUGUCAAACCAGAACCUGACCUCGAGCCUCCGCUACCCAGUGAGACCGUCGUAUUCAAAAAGCGGAAAAUUCCAGCUGGUGGAUCGCGGAUAAGGAGGUAG